AUGCUAACACGAGCGGUCAACAGCAUACGUCGACACCAGGUAAACCGAUUCCACUCGCUGAUUGUCCAUCGAUCCAACGUCCACAAACUGACACUCUCCAACAGCCUUGUUGGCACUGGCAACCUCGACAAGGCCGCGAUCUUCAACAGCGAAGGCAACAGCGUAUGGGCAACAAGUGCAGGCUUCCAGGUGUCACCACAAGAGAUGCAAGCUAUCGUUGCGGCGUACAAAGACCCGGGUACGGAUGGUGUGAAGAAGGUGCAGAGCGAGGGACUUCACGUUGCGGGCGAGCGCUUCGUUGUGAUCAAGGCGGACGACAGGAGUAUCUACGGAAAGAAGGGCCGUGAGGGCGUCGUCAUCGUCAAGACCACCCAAGCUAUCCUCGUCACACAUUACCCGGAGUCCGUCCAGCCAGGUGCCGCCACCAACACCGUAGAGACGCUCGGAGACUACCUGGUCAAGGUUGGAUACUAG